AUGUCAAAACUGACCAUAAUGAGGCUUGAAGAAAGGCUAACAACUAAUAAGAUACCUACUAAUCAACGGGUUGCCUUACAUGAAAUUUUGUCCGCAUUACAAGUCCUCAAUUUAAAAGGUCGCAGAUAUUCCGAAGAUUGGAUCCUUUUAUGUUUACUAUUUCAUAUGCGUUCACCAUGUGGCUAUAAUUUUGUUAGAAAUAAUGACAUUAUGCCAUUACCUUGUGUAAGGACCAUAAGAAGGUACCUAUCAUCUAUCGAUACACAAUGUGGGUUUAUCCAAAAUUUCUACAGAUGUUUUCUCUUUAUAUGGCACAAAAAGAAGAAUUCAAACGCCAUGGUUUGCUCGUGUUUGAUGAAAUGUCCACUCUCGAGAGUAUUGCAGUUAACUCGGCGAAUCUUACAUAUACAGGUCUAG